CUAGCGGUCCAGCGACGGGUCAAUUAUCAAUCCUUUUUUUUUAAAACAAUUAUCAAUCCCUUUAAUUCCGUAUUAAGAAAAAAGUUUGGGGAUUCAGGAGAGGAGUUUCAUCUCCCCCAUUUCUUCCCUUGAUUGGUUAACCACCGCCACCCGUUUUGCUUCCUCUUUAUCUACGGCGGCGCGUCAUUUGCGCUGGCCGUGCAUCGGCCUUGCCUCUUAUAUCACGCAUUCCAGAUGGGCCAGUCUCCGUCGAUCCACCACCAAUCGUCGCCGGGUGGGUCUACUAACCGUCUCCGCGGCUGUUAUCCCAAGGCUGCUGGUAGCUGCCGCCGAUCAAUGGCUGACCAAUCGGAUCCGGCGCAGGUGGGCGUCGAUUGCGCCUCGGAUUCGGAAGAUGGUUUCGGGAGAUACGAUUACAGCGAUGACAUUCCUGACGAAUGUCUGACUCUGAUUUUUCAAUUCCUGAGCUCCCGUGACCGGAACAGCUGCGCUCUCGUCUGCCGGAGGUGGCUCGUCGUGGAAGGACAGAGCCGCCACCGCCUCUCCCUCCACGCCAAAUCUGAUAUCCUCUCUCACGUUCCCGUCCUCUUCUCUCGAUUCAAUUCCGUCACCAAACUGGCCCUCCGGUGCGACCGCAAAUCCGUAAGCAUAGAUGACGAAGCUUUGGUCCAAAUCUCUCUCUGCUGCCGUAACCUCACGCGGCUGAAACUGCGCAGCUGCCGCGACGUCACGGAUGUGGGGAUGGCAGCCUUAGCUAAGAACUGCAGGAGCUUGACAAAGUUCUCCUGCGCAUCUUGCGUGUUUGGAACCAAAGGUAUGAAUGCUCUGCUGGAUAACUGUUCUUCCCUUGAGGAACUUUCUGUCAAACGCCUCCGAGGCAUCAACGAUGGCCUAGCAGCUGAGCCAAUUGGCCCAGGAGCUGCCGCUUCGUCUCUGAAAUCCAUUUGCUUGAAAGAGCUCUACAAUGGACAAUGCUUUGGGCCAUUGAUCUGUGGGUCAAAGAAUCUGAGAACUCUUAAGCUUUUGAGAUGUGUUGGGGAUUGGGAUAAUCUGUUGGGGAACCUUGGUGGUGGGCAAAAUUGUUUGGUGGAGAUGCAUCUGGAGAGGCUUCAAGUGGGUGAUUUUGGGCUCAGAGCAGUGGCAAAAUGCCUGGAUUUGGAGAUCUUACACUUGGUUAAGACACCCGAAUGCUCGGAUGAAGGUGUUGUAGCAGUGGCUAAGAGCUGUAAGCUCUUGAGGAAAGUCCACAUUGAUGGAUGGAAGACAAAUCGGAUAGGAGAUGAGGGCUUACUUGCCAUUGCUGAGAACUGUUCUUACCUUAAAGAGCUCGUUCUUAUUGGUUUAAAUCCUACCUCUACUAGUCUCUCUGCAAUCGCUUCUAAUUGUCGGCAAUUAGAGCGAUUGGCCCUGUGUGGUAGUGAGACAAUUGCCGAUCCUGAAGUCUCCUGUAUCGCCAAGAAAUGUGUGUCUCUGAAGAAGCUUUGCAUCAAAGGAUGCGAGGUGAGUGAUGAAGGGAUUGCUGCUUUUGCGUGGGGAUGUCCGAAUCUAGUGAAAAUUAAGGUCAAGAAAUGUAAACGCGUAACGGGUGGAUCUGCAGAUUCACUGAGAGCGAGGAGGCCUUCCCUGGCAGUGAAUUUGGAUGUGGGUGAAGUUGAAGGCGGUGAGCGCUUGGAUGGGAGUGCAAGUGAUAGUGGAGCACAAGAUGGUGCAGAGUUCCACUCCUCAGUCAUCAGUGGUGGUGGUGGUGGUGAUAUUGCUUCUUCUUCUUCUUCUUCAGGUAGUAGCAAUGGCAGAGGUUGUUCAUCAUCAGCAUCAUCUAAGUCCAGGUUUGGAUUUCUUGUUGGAAUAAACCUUAUGCCUUGCACGUUUAGAGGAUUUUCAAAUGGCAAUGGUAGCUCCAAUGAAAGCUAGCUAAUGAGAGCUAUCAUCGUUUCUAAAACUGGUAGGUUUUGUAUUGUAAAAUGAGUUAGAGCUGUGUUAAUCAAUGUCCAAGUCUCUCUUAUUUGUUCCAAGAAUUGAUGCCCCCGAGAGACGACAAUGUAUUUUUUUUAUGUUCAAAAGUGAUUGAAGUUUAAACAUCAUAUUUCAUACUUGCUUCCCAAAUUUGUCUUUGUUCAUGUUUACAUUAUGAUGUUGAUGAUCAUACAAAGUUUAUGGUUUAUGUUGCACCGAAACAGGUAUAAACUCUUGUGUGAAAG